AUGAGUGGAGAAACAGGGAUAUCCGCAUUUCCAGAGGAAGACAACAUCUUCUGCUGGAAAGGAACGAUCAUUGGGAGCAAAGAUACAGUCUUUGAAGGAACUGAGUACAAGCUUUCUUUAGCUUUCCCCAACAACUACCCGUUCAAGCCACCAAAGGUGAAGUUCGAUCUGAUGUGUGUGUUUCUGUUCAUUUUGUGUUGA